AUGCCCCCUAAAGCAGACUGGGAGAAAUACAAGCCCCCUGUGGGCGGUGGCGAAGAGGAAACUGAAGAUAAAAUUGUACCUUUGAGCGAGGGUGACAUUGAAGUAUUAAAGACAUAUGGCCUGGCGCCUUACCAGCAGCAGCUGAAGCAAAUCGAGAAGGAUAUUGGUGAGCUCCAGAAACAGAUUACUGAAAAGGCCGGCAUAAAGGAAAGUGAUACAGGCCUCGCACCGCCAAAUCAAUGGGAUCUCAUGGCCGAUAAACAGACCAUGUCACAAGAGCAGCCUUUACAGGUUGCGCGGUGCACCAAGAUCAUCCAGGACCCGACCGACCCGGACAAGGCUCAAUACGUGAUCAACGUCAAACAGAUUGCUAAAUUCGUUGUUGCCCUGGGUGACCGUGUCUCGCCAACAGAUAUUGAAGAGGGCAUGCGUGUCGGUGUCGAGCGUAACAAGUACCGAAUUAUGCUGCCUUUGCCCCCGCGGAUUGAUCCCAGUGUGACGAUGAUGACGGUUGAGGAGAAGCCUGACGUCACUUACGGUGAUGUUGGUGGCUCCAAAGAGCAGAUUGAAAAGCUUCGGGAGGUUGUAGAGCUCCCGUUACUCUCUCCUGAGCGGUUUGCAAAGCUAGGUAUUGACCCACCAAAGGGUAUCUUGCUAUAUGGACCGCCCGGUACCGGUAAGACCCUGUGCGCUCGUGCAGUUGCAAACCGUACGGACGCCACAUUUAUCCGAGUCAUUGGCUCCGAACUUGUACAAAAGUACGUGGGUGAGGGCGCUCGUAUGGUUCGUGAGCUGUUCGAGAUGGCUCGGUCCAAAAAGGCUUGUAUCAUUUUCUUCGACGAGGUAGAUGCUAUUGGCGGUGCGCGUUUCGAUGACGGCGCUGGCGGUGACAACGAAGUGCAGCGCACCAUGUUGGAGCUGAUCACGCAGCUCGACGGGUUCGAUCCUCGCGGCAACAUCAAGGUGAUGUUCGCGACGAACAGGCCCAAUACCUUAGAUCCUGCGCUGCUCCGACCGGGUCGUAUUGACCGUAAGGUGGAGUUCUCUCUGCCGGAUGUCGAGGGCCGAGCCAAUAUCUUCCGCAUCCAUUCAAAGUCGAUGUCUGUUGAUCGUGAUAUUCGAUGGGAGCUUAUUUCGCGGUUGUGUCCUAAUUCCACCGGUGCGGAGCUGCGCUCUGUAUGCACCGAAGCUGGAAUGUUUGCCAUUCGCGCUAGACGCAAGGUUGCAACCGAAAAAGACUUUUUGGCUGCUGUCGAUAAGGUUAUCAAGGGCAAUCUUAAGUUUUCGUCUACUAGCCAGUAUAUGCAGUACAACUAG